GUACGAAUCGGUCGAUUUUUUCCAGCCGUACCAAAGACCCGCCAGCAAAGCCCAACAUCUCUCUACUUCUCCAAACUUCUAAACAUUCUCCCUCUUAUCACUCUCGCUCCUCAAACCCUCCACUUAGGGUUUGUUUGCGCCAAAUUCCCGCCAAGAACCCACACUUCAGAUUCAACAGUUUUCUCGAGAAAAUCCGAGAAUUUCCGAGAAAGUGAAAGGAAGAGCAUGGGCAAAGACGACGAAGAAAUGAGGGGAGAGAUAGAGGAGCGGUUGAUAAACGAGGAGUACAAGAUAUGGAAGAAGAACACUCCGUUUUUGUACGAUCUGGUCAUAACCCAUGCCCUAGAAUGGCCAUCGCUUACUGUGGAGUGGCUUCCCGACCGAGAGGAGCCUCCGGGGAAGGACUAUUCGGUGCAGAAGAUGAUUUUGGGGACCCACACCUCCGAGAACGAGCCGAAUUACCUUAUGCUCGCUCAGGUUCAGCUGCCGUUGGAGGACGCCGAGAACGAUGCGCGGCAUUAUGAUGAUGAUCGAGCUGAGGUUGGGGGUUUCGGUUGCGCCAAUGGAAAGGUGCAAAUAAUCCAGCAAAUAAAUCAUGAUGGAGAGGUUAAUCGGGCUCGUUAUAUGCCUCAGAAUCCAUUUAUUAUUGCCACAAAGACUGUCAAUGCUGAAGUUUUUGUGUUCGAUUAUAGCAAACAUCCAUCUAAGCCUCCCAUAGAUGGUGCAUGCAGUCCUGAUUUAAGGCUGAGGGGCCACAGCACUGAAGGAUAUGGUUUAUCGUGGAGUAAGUUUAAGCAGGGUCAUUUACUCAGUGGUUCUGAUGAUGCUCAGAUAUGCCUGUGGGAUAUUAAUGCGACUGCUAAGAACAAAACCCUUGAAGCUAUGCAGAUAUUUAAGGUUCAUGAAGGUGUAGUAGAAGAUGUAGCAUGGCAUUUGAGGCAUGAAAACUUAUUUGGUUCUGUUGGCGAUGAUCAAUACCUUCUUGUAUGGGAUCUCCGAACUCCAUCAGUUACCAAGCCUGUUCAAUCUGUAGUUGCUCAUCAAAGUGAGGUUAACUGUUUAGCUUUCAAUCCCUUCAAUGAAUGGGUUGUUGCAACUGGAUCUACUGACAAAACUGUUAAGUUGUUUGAUCUACGAAAAAUCAAUACUGCACUCCACACCUUUGAUUGUCAUAAGGAGGAGGUUUUCCAAGUUGGUUGGAAUCCAAAGAAUGAAACUAUCUUAGCUUCUUGUUGUCUUGGUAGGAGACUCAUGGUGUGGGAUCUUAGCAGAAUUGAUGAAGAGCAGACACCAGAUGAUGCAGAAGACGGCCCUCCAGAGUUGCUUUUUAUUCAUGGGGGUCACACCAGCAAAAUAUCUGAUUUUUCGUGGAACCCCUGUGAAGAUUGGGUUAUUUCUAGCGUCGCUGAAGAUAACAUACUCCAAAUAUGGCAGAUGGCAGAGAACAUUUACCAUGACGAAGAUGAUUUACCUGAAGAACCGGCAAAGCCCUAGUGUAAUUUCCAAUACUUAGCCAAAUGUAGUCGGUAGAAGCUAAUUAGGGAAGGGGGCAUGCAGCACGCUUUGUUUAUUUAUGUUUAUCUGUAAUUUUAUUAUUUUCUGACCCAUACUUAGAAGCUAAUUGAGGAUUUGUGUUUUCUUUACCGAGUCCGACGAGGGAUGUAUUUGACCCAUGCUUAGUAAUUAAUUAUAUGCAGUACUACGGCAUGGAAGUAAUUUUCCAGUGAAACUUCGUACUA